UGUGGCUGACAAAUUCAGGCACGAGCAAAAGGGUAACGAGCUAUUCGAGCAUUUACCUCUUGCUUCUUUUCAAAUUAACGAUAGCACAAGUGUGGCCGAAAUGUUAAAUGAAGAAAACUAUUCUUCUGAUUCCAGUGACGAGGACUACAUUCCAACUGGUGCUGAAAGUGAUGUUGAAGAAUUAACAGAUGAACCUGAACAUAGUUCCAGCAGUGAUGGUGAUCAAGUUGUGGAACAUGGAUCUGUUUCGAAGAAACAAAAAUUGUGUUCAAAAAAAAAAAAAAUUAAAACCAAAGCAAGAAAUUCUGCUGUGCAAGAUAAAGAAGACAAAAUAAAAACCAUUUAUGCUGCUGCAGAUAACAAAGAAAGAGUGGAUAGUCUUUGGGCUUCUUUUAAGGAUGUGUCUGAAUUAAAAAAAGCAAAGGAAAUAGUGACACCUUCUAUUGCAUCACCAGCAACCUCAAAAAUCUACGAAUUUGCUGGAGAAAAAAUUGAAAUCUCAGAGAAAAAUCAGAAGAUUGCAUCCAUAAGUUCACAGGAGAUUAAAGGAAAAAGACCUGCUUUGAGAGCUGGUGGCCUUUCUAGCUUGACCAGUCAGUUAUCUAACAAAAAAUCUAAGCUGAGCACCUUGGAGAAAUCUAAACUUGAUUGGGACAAAUUUAAGCAUGAUGAAGGAAUAGCAGAAGAUCUGAAAUCCUUUAAUCAAGGCAAAAAGGGAUUUUUGGAGAGACAAGCUUUUCUGGAACGAGCCGACGUAAAACAGUUUGAAAUCGAAAAAACUUUACGUGCUGGGCGAAAAUCCAAUUCGUAACAAUCAUUCUCUCGACCAUAUCUUACAGUUUCCCAGUGUUGGAAAUACAAUUCAUUAACCAAA